UGCUCCUCAGCCAGGUCUCCUCCUGUGUGGACCAUCAUCAUGACAUCCUGAUCGCAGCUGCUGCAGAACUUCUCCUGACUGAUUUUGGCUGAACUGACUAUAUAUUUUUUUUUUUUGCUCUGUCGUUUGCAAUCCACAAUGACUGGAGUGUUUGACAGCUUAGUGUCAGAUAUGCAUUCGAACCAAAUGACCUCAAAUAGUUACCACAGCCUGCACAAGUCACAGGAGUCCCCCACCCUGCCUGUGUCCACAGCUACUGACAGCAGCUACUACACCAACCAGCAGCAGCAGCAGCACUGUGGAGGGGGGUCUCCCUAUGGACAGAUGGGAUCCUACCAGUUUCACAGCACUGGCAUCAAUGGCAUCUCCUACUCUGCCAAGUCCUAUGAUCUCACCUCCUAUAACGGCUCCUACAGCUCCUAUGGACCCUAUGGCACUAGCCCUUCCCCUACACACAACGACCAAGAAAAAGAGGAGGGUGAGCCUGAAGUCAGGAUAGUGAAUGGCAAACCCAAAAAAGUCCGUAAACCCAGGACCAUCUACUCCAGCUUCCAGCUGGCAGCCCUUUCGAGGAGGUUUCAGAAAACACAGUACCUGGCACUGCCCGAGAGAGCGGAGCUGGCGGCAUCGCUGGGCCUAACUCAGACACAGGUAAAAAUCUGGUUUCAGAACCGCAGAUCGAAGUUUAAAAAGAUGUGGAAAAGUGGAGAGCUGCCCUCUGACCAGCUUCCUACAGGCAAUGAAUCCCCGACCUGCAAUUCCCCUCCUUCUUCAAUCACCUGGGACUUUGGGUCACAUCAGAGGUUGCAGGGGGGGAACCCAACCCCCAGCAUCCAGCCCCCCAACUCUGGCUCCAGCCCCAGUGCCUUCCUAGGCAGCUACUCCUCCUGGUACCAAACCUCCAAUCCGGCCACACACCUUCAGUCCAGUCCAUUACUGCAGCAGCAGCACCACCUCCACCAUCACAGCAGUGCGGCUAUCACUGCAGGGACAAUCUUCUAAGCGACCCCCAGUUGCUGGGGGUUGUGAUGAUGAACAUUAAUAGGCAGUGUGGACACCAUGACUGGGAGAGGUCUCCUUUCUGUGUCACUGAUCACAGGUGGCCUCAGGUUCAUGUCAUAGACUGGUGAUCUGAUCAAUCAAACCCUGGACUCGCUGAGGACUGGAGAUUAUAUUGUCUGCCAUUUUAGCAGAUAUGAAUUGGAUCUAUGUUUAAGAAACAAAAGGAGUGGGAUAGGAAUAAUGAAUUGCAGUAAUUAGGGCUAAAAUUGUGGUAUCAAAUCCAUAUCCAAUAUAAUUAUUAUUAUUCAUUAUCCCCUUUGAAUUAGCUUUACAGGUUACAAGCUUAGGUUACCCUAUAUGUGUGUAUCAUUUGUUGAACUACAAGUGUCAGCAUGCCCUGGCAUCAGCUAGCCUCCCUACCUCUGUUAUGCCACUACUAUUUCAAAAAAUGAAUGGCAGAGACAAUCAAUCAUUAUUUUUCUACCUAUUCAUACUUUCUUUUUCUUUUUUGCCAAAAACAAUUUACCAUUGUAUAAUUUGUUACAAUGUAACAAGUCAGAAGUCCAUAGAGCCCCCCUUUAAUUUGUGGGUCCCCCGGGGUUUUUAUACAGGAUUAGGUGCCUUUUUGGAUAACCUCAUUUUUAAUGGAUAAAGAUGAUUUUUAUAUGUAGAUAUAAGAAACUCCUGUUUAAAUUAUCUUUUAUAAUGAAAUCUGCUGUCGAACCCUUGCUGCGUCUUCUAGGUUCACUUUCCUUUUCUUUCUCAUCCAGAAAUGGACUCUUUUUAUAUAAUAUAUAUA